UGUUUUCCACUCGCCGCAGCAGAGAGUGAGGUCAAAGAAGUCUCCAUCUCUAUAUCUUCGAAUCAUUAUAAGAAGCAUCCAUCCUUCUCACUCAAUUUUACUUCUCAAAAGUCAUCAUCAUCAUUCUCUCUCUCUACCCCUCUUUGCUGAUUGUACAAUGCAGAUAAUGUAGCAACCACAGAUGGGGAAGAGAAGAGAGAAAGAUUCAAGAUCAUCCCAAACUCUACCCUCGUCACCUUCUCACUCUUUCUCUUCUUCUUCCUCAGAUUUUGAGUUCACCAUCUCUUUGUCUCCUCGCAAAUCUUCCACAGCUCUAUGUCCAGCAGACGAGCUUUUCUACAAGGGUCAGCUCUUGCCUCUGCAUCUCUCCCCCCGCAUUUCCAUGGUUCGUACACUCCUUUUAGCCUCUUCAAGCACAUCUUCCUCUUCAGAUACCACCACCACCGCCUCUCGUUACUCUACCGGCAGCUCCAAUGACUCCACCUCCUCCUUCUGUAACGAUCUUGUAUUGCUCGGAGAGUGUGAUUCUUCAAGACCCAGUUCUGUCACUGAAGACGAUGAGUUCAAGCGGCUUAACAACACAUAUCCUCCUCAUUUUCAAACCCAUGUUCAGUUUAAUCCUCAGAUCAAGAAGAGCAUUAAGUACUUCUCUCUAUCGAAAUUUUCUUCUGUGUUCAAGAAGGAGCCCAAGAACCGCGAAAACGAUGCUGUGUCUGGUUCUUCAGUGAAAAGAAUGAGCGCUACAGCAAAGGAGGUGAUAAGGAAGUACUUGAAGAAAGUGAAGCCAUUGUACGAGAAACUUUCCCAGAAACAACAGCAAAAAAUGGGAGGUGUAAAUCCAAUGCCAACAGAACCAAUAAGCAGCAUCUCAUUCUCCAUAAAAUCAGAUAGACCUGAUUACCACUCUGUAAGGAAUGCAAGCAAAGAAAGCAACCGAGAAUUUUCCCACUCUUUCUCUGGAAACCUGAGGUACCCAAGAAAAAGAAGCUGCGUUUCAAGCUGCCCAUCGUCCAUGAGGUCAUCUCCCAGCCACUCUGGCGUGCUAUAUAGAAACGGGUUCAUGGGUUCAGCCACAAGUAGUAGGGUCGGUGGAGGUAUAUGCUAUGCAGAUAAUUCAUCCAUGGAGGAGUUGCAGACUGCUAUCCAAGGUGCAAUCGCUCAUUGCAAGAACUCCAUGAUGCAAAGCAAGACUGUGAUGAGUAAUGAAAUGUAAUUAAUUAAAGUUGAGAUAUUUAACUGAAGAAAUUAAGCUAGCUAAUUUCACUUUAAUCUCUUCUAGUAACGUGCAUGUGUUGGGUACAUCAAUUAAUUACUUGUGUUUUUACAAGUUCGAUAACUUCGUACGUACUCUUUAAUUUAUAAUUCUGUUUCCAAUAUUUUAAGCUUCAGUUUUGUCAUUUCUAGUUUGUCAUGCAUGUUUAUAUAUGUAGAGAGAGAGAAAGAGAAAGAGAUCCCUGGGCACUUUGAUCUUGGUGACUCUGUAACUUUGUUUUGGAAAUGGGAACCUACUGCCAUUUUAGAUUAAACAACUUUAAUGAUACUUUCUUCUUC